UGCCAGCUCUCAGUGCUCAUCCAUGCCACCUGCCAGUGCCCAUCAGUGCCACAUCAGUGCCUACCAGUGCACAUCGAUGCCACAUAUCAGUGCUCAUCUGAGCUGCCUUUCAGUGUCACCCAUCAGUGCCAGUCAGUGCCACCUAUCAAUGCCAGUCAGUGCCACCUAUCAGUGCUGCCAAUCAGUACCACCUAUCAGUGCCAGUCAGUGCCGCCUAUCAGUGCCAGUCAGUGCCGCCUAUCAGUGCCCGUCAUCAGUGCCACCUAACAGUGCCAGUCAGUGUCGCCUAUCAGUGCCAGUCAGUGCCUCCUAUCAG